AUGUUGCUAGCAGAUCUGCGAUCUAACGGAGAGCUCAAACAGACUCCCAAAGCGACUUCAGGCGAUGCUACUUUAUCGGGUCAUAAGCAACCAUCUGCUCUCACCUUGCCCAUCGCCUACAACUCUCCCCGCUCUGUCUCUCCCAUUCCUGUUUCUCAAUCUUCAUUCUCGCCUUCGGUUGCUGUCGCCCCAUCCCCAAUAGGUUCAUUUUCGUCAACUUCUACCUCAACUUCAAACUCUCUUUCCUGUCAGGUUAGCCACAUGGCCAGCACAAGCUAUCUUCCUGGACCGGAUUUGGCACCACGGAAACGACCCGUUAUCUUGCUUCAGAGUGUUCCACACAUUAUCUAUCAGCUCCCUGAGCAUAUAAUAGAAGCAGACGCUGCAUAUUUUAAUAAGGCAGUUCAGUUCGCCAGGGGUGAUAUUCAUUAG